UCCCCACGAACAACACUUGCGGAGACAUGCCGAGUUCAUGGUCUCUCCGUAAAACAUAAAGUCAGCGAGUCCCGGACCCAGCUCGAACUCCUUUCUGCUUCUUCGCAUCAUUCUUACCGGGUUCAUUCACCGUGGCUGCCUCUCUUCAAUCUCUUGAUCAACAAUCCGCUGCCUUCAUCACUACAAGCUUCAAUUGUGGCGCUUGCCGAACAAGCUUUCCAACAUGUUUUCUGAAAAAGCACCCGCCGAGGUCGACGAGCAUGCUCCCAGCAGCACUCGGAGCAACAUGAACGAGAUUGACCAUCAGGCGGAGGACAAGCUCGUCCGGAGGAUCGACAAAUUCGUCGUGCCCACUGUCAUGCUCGCCUAUCUUCUCUGUUUCCUAGACCGCACCAACAUUGGCAACGCCAGGCUCUUUGGACUCGAAGAGGACCUUGGUCUCGAGGGAUCGCAAUACCAGAUCGCGGUAGCCGUACUCUUUGUCCCCUAUGUCUUGAUUGAGGUUCCCAGCAAUCUGGUCCUCAAGAAACUCAGGCCAUCGAGAUGGCUUUCUUUCAUUACAGUCAGCUGGGGGAUUGUCUCCACUUGUACCGGCUUUGUUCAGAAUUUUACUGGUCUCGUUGCUGUCCGCGUCCUCCUCGGACUACUCGAAGGUGGCCUCCUACCCGGAUUGACGGUCUACCUGACUCUCUUCUAUACGAAGAAAGAGAUUGCCCUCCGCAUUGGCUUUCUCUUUGUGAGCUCUGCCCUUGCCGGGGCAUGCGGUGGGCUGCUCGCAUACUGCAUCAGCUUUAUGGAUGGUGUCGCCGGAUACUCCGGUUGGCGCUGGGUCUUCAUCCUGGAAGGAGUCCCUACUGUAGUCUUUGGCGUCGUUUUGGUUUUCAUCCUCGCUGACGAACCUCGCAAUGCUUGGUUUCUGAGCGAAGAUGAGAAGCAAUUGCUGCUCGCGCGAUUGCAGCGCCAAGUCGGCUUCCACGAAGACUUCGAUAGGAAGGACGCCAUAUUGGCGGCCAAAGACUGGAAGACAUGGUGCUUUGCGGUCGGACAGUUCACCGUCAACACAAUGCUCUACAGCUACUCUGUUUUCCUCCCUUCGAUCAUUCAAGGUCUCGGUCAGUGGACCUCACCCCAGGCCCAAGCUCUCACGAUCCCAUGCUACGCUCUGGGAGCUAUCAGUUACUUAGCCGUCGGAUGGAUAUCCGACCGCCAGCAGCUGCGUGGUCUAUACCAGGUCAUGUCUCUCAUCGUAUGCAUAAUCGGAUAUGGGAUAUCCCUCGCUCCGGUGGCCGCCGCCGUCCACUAUUUUGCUAUGUUUGUCAUAUCCGUCGGCCUCUUCGUGGCGGUCGGUCUGCCCUUGGCUUGGCUCCCGUCGAACAACCCGCGCUAUGGAAAACGUACCACGGCAUCUGGCAUACAAAUCACGAUCUGCAAUUGCUCUGGUAUCUUGGCGCCUUUCCUAUAUCCAAAAACAGAUGCUCCACGCUACGUUAUGGGGUACUCGGUGUCCAUGGGGCUUUUGGGACUGGGCGUUUUCAUUUAUUCCUUCUUGCUCUUGCAUUUUCACAGGAUUAACAAGCGACGCAAGGCUGGUAAGGAGGACUACAAGAUUGAAGGUAUGACGGACGAGGAGGUGAAUGCACUUGGGGACAGGAGCCCGAGAUUCGUUUACACUAUUUGAGUACUGUCGAGCACUCCGGUUGACUAUGAGCGAUUAGCCAAUACAGACCCCUGAC